UGGGCUGGUUUCCUACUUAGGAGCAGCUCUUCCUCCUGGGCAAGGGGCUGUUGGAGACCCCAAGGAGAGUGGGCUGCCUGCCUCCAUAACAGAACUUUCUUCACCUGGCAACUCUGGAACUCGGCUGACUGUUGCAUCACCUCCUGUUCCAGAGGAGGCUGGGAUUCUCUUUGCUCCGUGGCAGCCGGACCUCUCUUUGCAAGAAGCCACUUUGCACCCGUGUUUCUGAGCUUGGGCAAGCACAGGACAAUGGUAACGAUCGAGUCAGAGUCCGAUUUCUAUGACGUCUUUGAGAUUCUGGGGAAGGGCACGUUUGGGGAGGUCGUGAAGAGCUGGAAACGGAGCACUGGGGAGAUGGUGGCCAUAAAAAUCCUGAAGAAUGACUCCCACCGCAGCAGGAUCAUCAAGAAUGAGCUGAAGCUGCUGCAGACCAUGUCCGAGGUGGAUUCCGAGGAAUCUCACAUCGUCCAGUUCCACGAAUUCUUCCACGACGAGCUCAAGUUCUACCUGGUCUUUGAGCUCCUGGAGCAAAACCUCUUCGACUUCCAGAAAGAGCACAACUUCUCUCCAUUGCCGGUCCGGCACAUCCGCACAGUGACCACGCAGGUGCUGAGAGCCCUGGCCAAGUUGAAAGAGCUGUCAAUCAUCCACGCUGACCUGAAGCCAGAGAACAUCAUGCUGGUGGACCAGGUGAGGUAUCCUUUCCGGGUCAAGGUGAUUGAUUUUGGAUCGGCCAGCAUCUUCAACGAAGUGCGCUAUGUCAAAGAGCCUUACAUCCAGUCCCGAUUCUACCGGGCCCCAGAAAUACUGCUGGGGUUGCCAUUCUGUGAGAAGGUGGACAUGUGGUCCCUGGGGUGCGUGAUGGCCGAGCUGCACCUUGGCUGGCCCCUCUACCCUGGGAACAAUGAGUAUGACCAGAUCCGGUAUAUCUGCGAGACCCAAGGCAUGCCCAGGCCCACCCUCCUGAACGCAGCCCGAAAGGCCCACCUCUUCUUCAAGAGGAGCCAGCACCCCGAGGUGGUGAACUCCUGGCAGCUGAAAACCCCAGCAGAGUAUCUGGCUGACACCAAAGUGAAGUCUGUGGAGAGGAGAAAGUACGUGCUCAAGUCCCUGGACCAGAUGGAGACGGUGAACAUCCACAAGAUGAUCUACCCGGACACAGAGGCCCUGGCUGAAUAUUUUGACCUCCGAAGCAUGGUGGAGCUCAUCAAACGGAUGUUGACCUGGGAUUCUCACGAGCGCAUCACUCCCAGCGCAGCCCUGAAACACCCCUAUAUCUCCACCCAACCCCUGAAGCAGAACUAUGAUCUCACCCAGUACUACCAGUUCUGCCUGAGGAGCCUCCGGGAGUCGCUGCCCAGCCAUGGCAAGGCUUCCGAGGAGGAAACACAACAUUACAAUGCCAUGGAGGAGGACCGCUUCUACAGCCGGGAGGAAAGCGCUCAUGGCAUCCAGGGCACCACCAGCCAGUUGGACGAGCUCAGUAUUGCUGAAGCCAGCCGGGAGGUGCCCCUAAAGGUGUGGGGCGAAGGGCCCAGCGGGGGAGGCUAUGAUCCCAUUCUGGACCCGGCAGAGGCGGUGGCAAAUCGGCAUAGAGUGGCCCACCAGAGCCUCCGGCUGCGUCAUGAGCAGGCCCAGCAGGAACCCAUCCCAGCUUACUACCGAAGCCGGCCCGGCAGCCCCAGGCACCACAAGGCCUCUCACCAUGUGAAGUCAGACCCCACUUUUGAGAACCUGAUCCUUCUGGGGCAGUACACGCCGGAAGACCCCCAUGGCUGGGAGAAGGAAAGCAAUGCCAGUGCCACUUCCUUACCAGAGUCCGGUGCCCUGGAGGAGGCGAGCUAUCCCAAAGGCCUGGUCCUCUCACCCACCACACAGGCCACCCAUGAAGCUGCCUCAGUAUCCCAAGUCCACUGUGGUCUUUCCCAUGUGCUCGUACUCAUCCUGAGCAGCAUCUCUGGGGAAGAAUGCUCAUCCCCCCCCCAGUACUUGCAGGUCCAGUUCAGAAACCCCUCAUCAAAGCCAAGGGGGGGCACUGGCUGUCUUAGCCAGAGGCCAGUUGGCAUCCUCCCCCUCCCCCAGUGGGCUUGCAGGGAGUUAUGGGAGCAGCAGCACUCAUGACAGGCUGCAAAGGCAACCACAGAAUCUGCACACUCCAGGCUCAGUUUGGACACCCCUCUCGGAAAAAAGGAAUAUACCACAACUACCCUGAGGGGGUCUUUUGUUGAAUUGUUCAUGCAACCCCCCCAUCCCUGGCCCCUGUGGCUGAUCCUUCUCAUCUUCUAUGAAGCUUGGCAAAGUGCUCUUUUCCCAGCAGCCCAGCUCCCCCCCCCAGUUUGCAGAGGGGGUGUGCAGGUAGAAACCAAGGGUGGCCCAACCAAUCUUGUCAAGAGAGUGAAGAAGAGAAAGAUGG